GUGGUUCCCCUCCGCACACACACACUCUCUCUCUCUCUCUCUCUCUCUCUCUCCCCGAAUCACAAAACCCUAGGAAUCGAUCGCCUCCUCUCCUCUCCAUCCUAAUCCCUUACACUCACCGAUUCUUCUUCGUUUGCUUCAAUUGAGGAGGAGGAGGAGGAGGAGGAGGCGGCGGCGGCGGAGAACGAGAUGGGCUCCGAAGGAUCGCGCGUUGUGGUUCCAAGAAACUUCCGAUUGCUAGAAGAGCUUGAGAGAGGUGAGAAGGGUAUUGGUGAUGGAACUGUGAGCUAUGGAAUGGAUGAUGCUGAUGACAUAUACAUGCGUUCCUGGACUGGAACCAUUAUCGGUCCUCACAAUACUGUCCAUGAAGGAAGAAUAUACCAGUUGAAGCUAUUCUGUGACAUGGAUUAUCCGGAGAAACCGCCAACAGUCCGAUUCCAAACUCGUAUAAAUAUGACGUGUGUAAAUCAGGAAACUGGAUUGGUUGAACCAGGUCUAUUUCCAAUGCUCGCAAACUGGCAGAGAGAGUAUACAAUGGAGGACAUUCUCACCAGUUUGAAGAAAGAGAUGGCAUCGCCGCAGAACCGAAAGUUAUACCAACCAACAACAGAGGAAUCGGCAGGUAAUGAAGAGCAGAGAGUGGAGCAAAAAGGGUUAAUGCUUCGGUGCGCUAUCCUUUGAGCGGAGAAUAAACCGGUAAUGUACAUAUACGCUGAAUCCCUGAUUAAUAUGGAUAUGGAUGGGCAUAAAAACAAGUAAGUGAACUAAUUUAAACACUUGUUUGCUAGCCACUGCCUAUAUAAAUCUGAAGCUAUAAUGCCUUUAUUAUAAAAGCUAUGGCUAGUUGUUUUGUAUAAAAUAUGUACAACCUUGUAGUUGCACCUAGUGUAGCAAGAUUCUCUCUUCUAAAUUCGCAACCAUCUUUCGAUUAUGGCGAUAAAGGACGAAAUAAAUCUGCCUUGUUUCUACCUAGUUUCUCUAUUCCUUUUCCAAGUUGUUUCAUCAUUUAAGUGCUUUGUUUUAUGUUACUAUCUUUCUUUGAAUGAGAUAAUCAAACCAGUUUUUAACUUAA